AUGUCGCAAGCCAAAGGUACAUUAACGAAAUUUUAAAAUAUAUUAAAUUUAUUUUAUAUUAUUUACAUUAUUAUACUCGUACAUCGUUUCAUAUACAUAUACAUCAAACCCAUGAUAUGAUACAACGUUAAAUUACCAUUUACCUUAUGAAAUUAAACACUUUAUUUAAACACUUAUAAAAAACAAUAAUAAAUAAUAAUAUUUUAGCAAAAAAUAUUACAAAUUUGACUUUCUUAUUUUAUUGAUUGAACAAAGGUGAUGGAAAGAAUCGUGGACAUCGCAGCAAUAAGAAAAUUAACAUCGAUGAUAGAAAACAAGAGAACGUGGAAAGCAUGGACGAAAAUAGUUUAAUUGUACAACAAUUUCGAGCAUAUGCGGAUGAGUUAGACGAGAAACACGAUCGUUUCGAGAGAAUUGUCAAAAUUGGCAGAGACAUUACUAUAGAAAGCAAAAGAAUAAUUUUUCUUUUACACACCAUAGAUAAGAAAAAUAAACAAGAAAGUGUGUUAUGUGAAGCUAAUUUGAGAUUGCAAAAAGUUGCACAACACCAAUUUAAAGCUAUUGCAUUUGAAUUAAAGAAUCAAGAUCCGUAUCUCUAUCUCAAAGGUUAUCGUAAUGGAUUGGAAGAAUACAUAGAAGCUGUUACAUUUUAUCAGUACUUAAAAUGUGGUAACAUGGAAAAUUGGGUAGAACUGGAGAAAACACUUACUUAUACAUUUCCUGAGAUAUCAAAUGAUAAAACUAUACAGAUUUUAGUCACUCCAUUUGAAUAUAUCUUAGGGAUUGCAGAUCUGACUGGAGAAUUAAUGCGUCAAUGUAUUAAUAACUUGGCAUUAGGAGACAGAGCUAGUUGUUAUCAAACGUGCAACUUUGUUAGAAAUAUAUACAAAGGUUUCCUUGGUUGUGCAAGUAUAUCAAAUAGAGAAAUACACAGGAAACUUUCCACACUUAAACAAAGUCUCCAUAAAAUAGAAAGUGUUUGUUAUACGAUUAAAGUAAGAGGUUCAGAAAUACCAAAACAUUUGCUUGUAGAUGUGGCUACCGAAGAGUAUGCAGACAGUGAUGAAGGAUAUCAAGCUUAUUAA